GGCUGGCUAGCUCUUCCCGUAAGGCCUCCAUGAGAGGCACAUAAUCAGCCCAAACCUCGCGCUUCGAACAAAUUGAACCUGUGAUGGAGUAAUUGAUAGAGACGAAGCCGCCCGAACUCAUUGAACCGGACAGGGAACCCCGCAGACGGCAUCGGCAUCGGCCCUAGACCUCACAAUGGUGCCCCUCCCCUUGUUCAAGCUCGCCUCUCUUCUUGUGCGGCACGUCUCCAAGUAUGGCGCGAACCGUAUCAAGCUUCAGGCCCAUGACCACCCGCGAUUCCGGGCGUUCGCAGCCAAAUACGGCCAAAUGAUCCACCAGCUCAACAUGAAGAUGUCCGUCGCCCUCCUCAGAGACCCCGAAGCAGAGCGACGAGCAAAGGAGAUUGCCGAAGCGCCCACAGUCAAGACGGAGGAGCAAACAAAAAAGGACGAAGUAGCCAAGCAGAAGGCGAAGAAGAAGAACGAGCCCGAGCCGGCAAGCUAUCCCAGAUUUACCCUCCAGAACGUGUGGAGGCGUAAAUUCCGGCCAUUGCCAGAAGGAAAGGCUGUGGAUCUGUUUGCCGAUGUUGCGGGCGACACAUUUAUACUUACCGUGGCGGGAGCAUUGAUUAUAUACGAGUACUGGAGAUCGUCACAAAAGCCCGAUGCCAACAAGGAGCGGUUUGAAGAGCUGAAUAGAAGGUUCGAAGAGCUCCAGAAGAAGGAGGAGGAGCUCGCAGAUGCCGAGGAGAAGCAGAGACAACGAUUCGAUUCUCUUGAGGAUGCUCUCAGGACAUUGAAGGAUCCAAAGACGAAGCAGCCGCUAUUCCCGUCAUUACAAGUCAGCUCCUAAGCAGCAUAUUCACCAGCGCCGUGGCCUCAUCUAGUUACCAACGUAGGCAUUGCGAUUUGCCAGUAACUGUGAUAUGGCGAGCUUGUAAGAUAUCAAACCUGGUGGAUGAUAUCUUACAUCUCUAGGCAAGGGCAAGAUUCGGAAUCGCAUAUGGGAUCUGAGGCUUCUUGGUGCAACCAAACUCGGUCUUUUGGGCCACUUAACACUCCACUCAACUUCGCAAGCAAUGUGUUUUUUCUUCAAUUUUUACUUAUGCUGGAUAUAAAGCGUGUGGAAUAAAGGUCGAUGGAUAUAAAAAGGAUCAAUGGGAAAGGAAUUGGACAUGAAUGGCGUGGGGAAGGAACGAAGAGGCUCAUUCCUACAAUGAACAUGCUAGCUGUCAUGGGGAGCGUGGCUUAGGUAUAUCUACAUCUUUCAUACAUACAACACGAGUAGAACCCUAAAAGGAGAGGGAAAUUAGAAAUUACUUGAAGA